UAGAAUCUCUGUUAAAAAAGAGCGACUUCCGUUGAGGCAAAAGACAAGCACUAAUUAUGUUUUAAUUUGUACAAUUCUGAAGUGUUGGACAUAGUACCAGAGGCAUUUAAUCAUCCCAUUUCGUACCUAUAUGAGCUGUGGUUCAACAAAAUUUCCAGUAACACGAAAUACUACUCCAGUCUCAGAAGUUUGCCUACUGACGUUUGCAGUCUCAGACAAUAUUUCUUAACAGAUUGAUAGGAUAUAACUUGCAGUUGCUCUGUGGAGGCAUGCUCAUCAGCUUCAUUGUCGAUACAGAACCAUGGAGAAAGUGAAGCCAUCCAACAAGCAAGUAAAGAAUGUGCAGUCAAACUCGAAAACUCAGAUGAAGCUCGAUUUCACUGAUCCAGAUGAAGGUAGAAGGCCAUGCAAAGAACAUUCCUUUCUGACAGAUGUUGCAGAAGUCCGGGAAAUGGAACAGGGUCUGUUACAGCUACUCAAUGACUUUCAUUCAGGAAAACUUCAGGCGUUUGGACAAGAGUGUUCAUUUGAGAAGAUGGACCAAGUGAGAGAACAGCAAGAAAAAUUAGCCAAAUUGCAUUUUGAACUGGAUGCUCAACAAGAUAGGCAUAAACUUGGAUCUGAGCAGGGAAGGCAGUUGGUCAGUCAGAAUAUGGAGAAAUUGAUGACGAAUUUAGAAGAUCUCAGCCUUUCAAUACAUAACCUACAGAAAAAUAAAUUGAAAGAGAAAAAAACAUGAUGUUCUGGUAUAGAACUAGUAAUAUUGGAGUCUUCUUCACUUCAAUGCUCAGGGCAAUAUGUGUAAAAUUAUUAAAACUUAUGGCAUUCCUGGGCAUAAUGGUCGUCAGAAAUAUUGUCUGUGCAUUCCAAGUAAUUCACAGUUUGCACUAAGAACAUGUAACCAUGUCUUCAAGUGAAUGUUUUGUUUUUGCUGUUUAAGUAUUCAAAAUUUCAAAGGGCAAUACAAGGGUUUCUUGAAUAAAAUAAACUCUUAAAUAUCACAUGGAUGUUUAGAUAUACAAAAGACAAGCAACUAUCAGUUGAUUGUGAUUAAAAUUCAAGAGUUUUUGAAUAAUGACAUUAUGCAGGGUUCCAAUCAAACCAGAGUUUCAAUCAAUUCAGAUCAAGAUACCUUAAUGCCAGAGGGACACCCCUCCCAAUAAUCAUGUCCCUGGCAUUAAAGUUGUUAAACUUCUAUAAAGUGUAAAGUGCUCAUAUCAGUAUUGUAUUGAUGUAAAAUGUUACAGUUACUUUGGAUUUA